GUUAUCCUCGCAAGCGCGGACAGGCUAGUUAGCAACAGCACGUGUAACGAUCUGGUAUGCCUCAAUGGAGGUUCGUGUGUGAAGGACGGGACAAAACCGGUUUGUAGUUGUACUAUUGGCUACACUGGUCGACGAUGCGAGCACCGGGAUCCGUGUGUGACCAAUCCGUGUCACUCGCAUGGUCGAUGUAUUUCCAACAAUUUGGGCCACUUUCGAUGCGCAUGCGAGUCGGGUUGGAUCGGGGAAGAUUGUACCGAGGAUUUGGAUGAGUGCAUUGUGGACGAACACUCCCCGUGUGCACAUGACGGGAUCUGCCUCAACACGCCCGGAAGUUUUGUUUGUCAAUGCCCGGUCGGGUUUACCGGGCCACGAUGCGAAGAGGUGGUGCUUGAAUGCACUGCCCAACCAUGUCGUAACGGGGCUCGUUGUAUCGAGGGUAUGGGUAGCUAUCGAUGUGAAUGUGCUCCAGUGUACAAUGCUCCGGAUAAGAUCAAGUCAGUUCGGUUAAGCGAAAAAGAACAUGCCCGUAAAGUGUCCAAACAGGUAGACGUAAGUAGAAAACAGGGAGAAGAACGGGUAGCAAAGUGA